AUGUUCAGCUUCUUGUUUCCUUCUGUGACUGUUCAAGACGUCCCAACUUAUACUCCGCCUCCUCAAACCUAUACCAACCCAUAUUGCCCGCCGUAUUCGUCUUACUCUAGCAGCAACACCGGCUAUUCCGGAUAUGGAAGUAACUACAAUACGGGCUACGGUAACACCGGAUACGCUAGCAGUUAUGGAACGGGCUACGGUAACAAUUAUGGAACCGGGUAUGGUAGCAGCUAUGGAACCGGGUAUGGUAGCAGCUAUGGAACCGGGUAUGGUAGCAGCUAUGGAACCGGGUAUGGUAGCAGCUAUGGAUCUGGAUACGGUUCCGGUUACGGAGCUGGUUAUGGUUCUGGCUACGGUACGGGAUAUGGUAGUAGUUACGGAAGUUAUGGCACUGGAUAUGGCGCCAAUCCAGUAGCCGGAGCAGCGAAUCUAGCCGCCGGCGUUGGAAACACUCUACUAGGACGAUAG